UAUCUGCAAUUAAUUUCUAUAAAAUAAAAACUGAAAUCAUUGAACUUUUAAUUAGAUAUCUAUUGAAAAAAUUCCGAUAUAUUUUUAAUAACAUAAAUAAAAGGAAUUAACGAAAAAAUGUAACGUGAUAAAAUAAAUGCAUUAUCAACUAACAAGUUUUUCAUAUCAAGCAGCAAAGUUGCCAAUCACUUAAAAUAAAUAAUAACAGUCCCCCACUCACAAAAUUACUUUUCACAACACAAAUCUUUAUAUAAUGGAAGUUAUCUGAUGAUGUUCACAAUGUGAGUAGAACUUGUCGGUUGAUCCAGUGGCAUUCCAGUCUUUGCCUACGUCUAGUAACGAUGCUUAAGAGGGACAAGAUACUUGUUGUGUCUAAAGGCGCUAUUAAAAUAGCGAAACGACGCAACAGUAAACUGAGCUACGUCCACAAUGUAGGAACCGAACCGUUAAGACCCAUUACAAUGGGCCAACUUCUGGAAGAAACAGCCCAAAAAAAUGGCUCAACCCUGGGUUUAAUUUCUUGCCAUCAAAAUAAAAGACUCACUUUCAAACAACUAUACGAAGAGUCGGACCGAUUUGCCGCAGGACUGAGGAGAAUCGGCCUGAAUUAUGGAGAUCGAGUAGCCAUUUGGGCUCCUAAUUGCGUCGAGUGGUACAUUUCGUUCAUGGCUUGCGCCAGAGCCGGUUUAGUAACCGUGGGGGUAAAUCCAGCGUUUCAGGCGAAAGAAAUGGAGUACUGUAUUAAUAAAGUGGGAUGCAAAGCUGUAAUUGCUGCACAUACCUUCAAAUCUCAGGAUUAUUACGAACUAUUGAAUCACAUCGCACCUGAAAUUUCCACCUCUGAACCUGGGAAAUUAAAAAAUGAAUUUGUUCCUAGUUUGAAAAAUAUUAUUACAAUUUCUAAUGAAAAGCUAAGUGGUGCUUUUAAUUUUGAUGGCAUUUUGGACUUGUCAAACGAAAAUACUCUAAGUGAGAUUAGGAAUUUCCAAAAUAAAAUAAACGUUGAUGCUCCAUUCAACGUACAGUUUACAUCAGGAACAACAGGCAGUCCAAAAGCAGCAGUAGUAAGUCACUUCAACCUGGCAAACAACGGAUAUUACAUAGGAAAAAGGAAUGAAUUAAAUAAAAAACAGCACAAAAUUUGUGUUCAAGUACCAUUAUUUCAUGCAUUUGGAACCAGCAUAACAAUUUCAGCAGCGUUAAACCACGGAGCAACUUUAGUACUCCCUACAGACGGUUACAAUCCGGACAAAUCUUUGGACGCGAUCAAAAAUGAGAAAUGCAGUGUGAUUCACGGAACACCAACAAUGUAUGUGGACCUUGUAAACAGACAAAUCGCUAGAAAAGAAGACAUCAAUCCAGAUUUUGCCGUGUCUGGAGGAGCUUCUUGUUCUCCCCAUCUUUUCAGACAGAUGAAGAAACAUUUGAACGUUAAAAAAGUCAAAUCUGUGUUUGGUUUAUCCGAAACAACAGCAGUUGUUUUCCAAUCUUUAGAGAAUGAUGAUGAGUACAAAUCGACUUCUACUGUUGGAUACGUCCAAGAGCAUACUGAAGCUAAAGUUGUCGACGAAAACGGAAACAUUGUACCUAGGGGAACGCCUGGAGAACUAUUAGUGAGAGCGUACAGCAUCAUGCUCGGAUAUUGGAACGAUGAGGAGAAAACCAAGGAAACUAUUGGAAGUGAUAGAUGGUUAAAAACAGGAGAUCAGUUUGUGAUGGAAGAAGAUGGUUAUGGAAGAGUUGUGGGACGACUGAAAGAGAUGAUCAUAAGAGGGGGCGAAAAUAUUUUCCCUAAAGAAAUCGAAGACUAUCUCAACACACACCCCGAAAUUUUGGAAACUCACGUGAUUGGAAUUCCUCACGAAAGAUUAGGAGAAGAAGUUUGUGCAUGUGUUAGGGUAAAGGAAGGUUCUAAUUUGACCAUCGAGGACAUCAAGAAUUUUUGUAAAGGGAACAUAGCUCAUUUCAAAAUACCUUCAAAAUUAACAAUAGUUGAAUCAUUUCCUAAAACCGCCUCAGGCAAAAUACAGAAGUUCAAACUUGUUGCUAGUGUGAACUGAUAUUAUAAAAACCAUAAUGGUUUGGGUUUUAUUUACAUUUUUGUAAAUGUGUAUGUCUAUAUAUUUUUAUAUUGUUUUUGUUUUUUGGUGAUAGUAUAAUAAACUCAUACACACGUA